AUGGAACCGCUACUCUCUUUAUAGUCGAAAAAAUUCCAAUAGUCUUUGAUAGUUUUAAAAAGAUUGUGGGUCAGGGUUCCACUAUAAUUGACAAAACACUUCUUAUUUCUGAGUUCAUUAAAUGCAAUGAGAAGGUCUUCCUUGUUGGCAUUGCUAAACUCUCAGAAUUUAAGGAAAAACUCUUUAAAUUUAUUAUGAAUGCUCUAUCCUAUCAUGAUGUUUCGGAUAAUCUAGUGGAAUCCAAUUAUCAUCUCUUCAUACUUGGCAUGUUUCAUCAAGAACAUUGCCAUGGUUAUAAAUUAACGUCAAAUAGAGAAGCUGGUGAAGGACGAUUUGACUUAAAAAUUGAACCAACAGAGAAAGCGAAUUUUAAGACUGGAUUUAUAUGGAGUUUAAGGCA